CAGCAUCUUCCAUCCCACUCUACACGUACGAUCUCAGAUCCAUUCAGAUUCACUUUAGUUCUACGCAAGGUGCGUGUGAGUGUGUAGUGUUGAAAUACCAUAAACAGUGAAACUGUGAUAAAAUAAAGGAAAUAUAAUGGUCACAAAUGAAACACAAAACCUCAACGAGGGUGAAGAUGAAGCUUUAAACAAUAACGUAGUAGACAAACAGAAACACACAGACGUCCAAAAAGACAAAGAAGUACAAAUAAUCCAAAAUAAAUUCAAACGAAGAUUAGAAAAUUCAUUUACAAACAUAUUCUUUCUAGUUUGUAUAGCUGGGAUCUCGUUAGGCAUACUGCUAGAGAUUGUCAACGUUGUCAGACGAAAUCAUACACCAGAAGUAUCAACUGUAACAAAAAUUGUUCUCAGUCCAAAAUAUUGGAUGUACCCAAACACUAAGACAGUAAAUAGCAGAGAUGGUAAUCUGAAACACGUGCAUUUAGUCCUUGAAAGACUGGGAUACGAGAAAACUACAAAUGAAACGCCCUGGAACCUCUUGUGGUCAUAUCCGACUCCAUUUAAUGACAUCAAUUUAAAAAAUUUAAGGGACAAUCAGAAAGUAAACCAUUUCCCAGGCACAGGGUAUAUUACCUGUAAGGUCGAGUUAGCAACAUCCAAAUCAGAAUUCAUACCAAAAGCCUUUAGACUGCCAAAAGACAAAAAUGAGUUCCUGACGUAUGCUGAGAAGAACAAAGACGCAUUAUUUGUCCAAAAGAACAUCAGACACAGACAUGUGUAUUUAAAGAACGUGAGUGAAAUUGACCUGUCUAAUGAGACGACUUUUGUACAAGAAUUUGUUCAAAAGCCAUUCUUGGUGGAUGGACAUAAGUUCGAUAUUGGCGUGUAUGUGGUGUUGGAGUCUGUGAAUCCUCUCAGGGUGUAUUGGUACAAAGGCGAUGUGCUAUUCAGAUACUGUCCGACGAAGUACUACCCGUUUGAUCCAAAUAAUUUAGAUAAGUAUGUGAUAGGGGACGACUACUUGCCUACUUGGGAGGUGCCGUCUCUGGCGCACCCCUACACCGCACUAGGCAACACUAUGAAGGAAACCUUUGACAUCUACGCCAGAUCUAAGGGUAAAGACACUACCAAAAUGUGGCAGGAUGUCCAGGCAGCUAUUGCUGAGAUAUUUAUCAUGAAAGAGUCGAUUAUCGCUGACAAGUUCAAGGCAUACUCAUCGCCAGAAAACUACUUCGAAAUGAUGAGGUUCGACUUGAUCGUGGAUGAAGAUUUAAAAGUGUAUCUACUGGAGGCCAACAUGGGUCCGAACUUAAGUUCUCAACAUUUUCCACCGAACCAGCUGCUGUACGAACAAGUGUUGUACAAUUUGUUCUCCUUGACUGGUGUCGCACAGGCGAAGAUCACUGUUAAUGCUGCUGACAAAGGUGAAACAAAGGCUGCAGAAGAUAUGUUAGCAGCUGACAAGAAUAUAGCGGUGUAUGGAGACGAGUGCAGGACUCUCUGUAAGGACAGCUGUGAAGUGUCGGACCUGUGUCGCCUGUGCAAGCCGUGCCUCACACCCAAGCUAAAGAAGACCUUAUUGGCUGCAUACAAUGAAUUCUUACAUAGAGGAGACUUCAGAAGGCUCAUUCCACCGACUAUGGUCCCCAAUAAGGACACAAAAGCUAUAUUAGAGGGAGUAAAGGAUCUGUCACUAAACAACAAACUCCUACACUUGUGGUAUCAAGGAAAGUGUAACCAGGAUAUUACAUGGUGCUCGUAAUAAAUAUCUAGGUAUAUUAAAUGUAAUUUAUUUGAA